GAGCCAUAAUCGUAAAUAAAUUGGGUACCAUCUAAUCGAAGGCGGUGGUAGACAAAUAUGUAUAAAAGGUAGCCUAAAGCAAAGCAAGCGUAGGAAAUAGUAGUACACAUUAUUAAGCAGGAAGUACAAAGUGGUAAGGCAUGGACGAUGAGAGCUUCAGAGCCCGUGUACACAAAGUUUUCGGCUGUCUAUCGCCGUCGGCAUCGGUGUGGUCUCUCAGCGACGACGAUGUGGAGAAGAAAGAGUGGAAUCGAAGCGCACUGAAGCAAGGGAAAGAUGAUGAUGACCAUAACCUUUGUUCUUCAUCGUAUGAUGAAUUAUUCAAACAAAAACGCAGGAACAUCCAAAAUGUUAUCAAUGAUGAUGAAAAUCGUGUUGAUGAUGUUUGGGAAAUCAGAUCCUCUAUUGGCUUAGAUUCCACGCUUGAUAAUGAGGAGGAGGAAGAUGAAUAUGAUAGAGUGGCCGAGGGCAGAGUGGAUGCUGGUGAUCGCUUGUACAUGAAAAGUAUUAUUGAUCAGGAAACAUCUUGUGAUCCUCCGGGACAUAACAUCCGUAGAGACCCACGUGCAAAUCAUAUGGCUGCACAAGUUAGGCUGAAGGAAGAUGCAGAUGCAGCGGAGAAAUGUGAAACUGAUUUUGAUGGUAUCACUCUAAGUGGUGGGCAACAUUCAGCUAAAUCACUUCAGGAUCAGUGUAACGUGAAGCCAAUUUUGAAAAAAGCAAGGAAAUCAGUGAAUGGUGAGCUCAAGUCUACUAAACGGGUCAGGUUUGAUCCUGGUUGUAAAGAUGAAUCUGAUGGGGCAUCAGAACUAAAAGUUUCUUGGGCAGCUCCUGCAUCAGCUAACUCUACUUUUGAAGACAAUGAAUCCAUUAGCAGUAGGCUGAAGGUUCCUGAUUAUGUUCUCAACCCUUCAAAGUAUACAUGUUAUAGUUUGGAUUCACCUAGUGAGCUUAUUGAUGAGCCUAGUCAAGCUUUCGGAUAUGUUCUCGAGGAGGUUGAGAAGUCAAAGGAUGAUGUAUUGGAACAAGAAACUAUAGACAUGUCAGAUACUAAUCCUAAAUCAGUAGUUUUUGUACCUAGGCAGAAGAACACGGAUGCUAUAGGAGCAACGGGUGCAACUGUGUCAAAGGGAAUGAUUGAAGAUGCUUGUAAUGAAUCCUUGCACCCAAAGGGCUUCCCUGUUUGCAUUGCUGCUGGAGAAGCUCAACAAACUGAAGAUCCAAUGGAAGAAGAUAUGGAAGCACGUGUGGCUGAGAAUAACAUUGUGCCCCUAAAUCCAGAACGUCGAUAUCGAAUCAAGGCAGGGAUGGAGGACACUCGAUCUUCUGUUUACUUGAAGCUAGUAUCUGUGUUAAUUGUUGAAUCAAGGCCGGGAUGGAGGACACUCGAUCUUCUGUUUACUUGAAGCUAGUAUCUGUGUUAAUUGUUGAAUCAAGGCCGGGAUGGAGGACACUCGAUCUUCUGUUUACUUGAAGCUAGUAUCUGUGUUAAUUGUUGAAUCAAGGCCGGGAUGGAGGACACUCGAUCUUCUGUUUACUUGAAGCUAGUAUCUGUGUUAAUUGUUGAAUCAAGGCCGGGAUGGAGGACACUCGAUCUUCUGUUUACUUGAAGCUAGUAUCUGUGUUAAUUGUUGAAUCAAGGCCGGGAUGGAGGACACUCGAUCUUCUGUUUACUUGAAGCUAGUAUCUGUGUUAAUUGUUGAAUCAAGGCCGGGAUGGAGGACACUCGAUCUUCUGUUUACUUGAAGCUAGUAUCUGUGUUAAUUGUUGAAUCAAGGCCGGGAUGGAGGACACUCGAUCUUCUGUUUACUUGAAGCUAGUAUCUGUGUUAAUUGUUGAAUCAAGGCCGGGAUGGAGGACACUCGAUCUUCUGUUUACUUGAAGCUAGUAUCUGUGUUAAUUGUUGAAUCAAGGCCGGGAUGGAGGACACUCGAUCUUCUGUUUACUUGAAGCUAGUAUCUGUGUUAAUUGUUGAAUCAAGGCCGGGAUGGAGGACACUCGAUCUUCUGUUUACUUGAAGCUAGUAUCUGUGUUAAUUGUUGAAUCAAGGCCGGGAUGGAGGACACUUGAUCUUAUGUUUACUUGAAGUUAGUAUCUGUGUUAAUUGUUCAUUUAGCAGAAAUAUUAUUUGCAAAUUCUUGUCUUAGCUAACUAUGACCCCAAACUACCAUCCCUCAUGGAAAUUAAAAAAAAAAGAAAAAGAAAAAGAAGAGAAACAACUAUAUAUGUCCCAUCCCAUACACAAGCUUAUAAGCAUGGAUUGUAGUAUUUUUUUCUUCAUGACUCAUCUACUUUUAAGGGCAUUGAACAAUUUGCGAUGAAUAUUUUACUUUCAAUUGUCUA